CCCCCGCCCUCCGCGCCGCGCGCCCACCCCGGGCGGCCGGCGAUGGUGACACAUGCGGCGGCGGCGCGCCGGCGGCAGGACCAUGGUUGAGCGCGCCAGCAAGUUCCUGCUGGUGGUGGCGGGCUCGGCGUGCUUCAUGCUCAUCCUGUACCAGUACGCGGGCCCGGGGCUGAGCCUGGGCGCGCCCGGCGGCCGCGCGCCGCCCGACGACCUGGACCUCUUCCCCACGCCGGACCCGCACUACGAGAAGAAGUACUACUUCCCGGUUCGCGAGCUCGAGCGCUCGCUGCGCUUCGACAUGAAGGGCGACGACGUGAUCGUUUUCCUGCAUAUCCAGAAGACCGGCGGAACCACCUUCGGCCGCCACCUGGUGCAGAACGUACGCCUGGAGGUGCCCUGCGACUGCCGGCCCGGCCAAAAGAAGUGCACCUGCUACCGGCCCAACCGCCGCGAGACCUGGCUCUUCUCCCGCUUCUCCACGGGUUGGAGCUGCGGGCUGCACGCCGACUGGACCGAACUCACCAACUGCGUGCCUGGCGUGCUGGACCGCCGCGACCCCGCCGCGUUGCGCACGCCCAGGAAGUUCUACUAUAUCACCCUUCUGCGGGACCCUGUGUCCCGCUACCUGAGCGAGUGGCGGCACGUGCAGCGCGGGGCCACGUGGAAGACCUCGCUACACAUGUGUGACGGGCGCACACCCACACCCGAGGAGCUGCCGCCCUGCUACGAGGGCACGGACUGGUCAGGCUGCACGCUGCAGGAGUUCAUGGACUGCCCCUACAACCUGGCCAACAACCGCCAGGUGCGCAUGCUGGCCGACCUGAGCCUGGUGGGAUGCUACAACCUGUCCUUCAUCCCCGAGGGCAAGCGCGCCCAGCUGCUGCUGGAGAGCGCCAAGAAGAACCUGCGCGGCAUGGCCUUCUUCGGCCUGACCGAGUUCCAGCGCAAGACUCAGUACCUGUUCGAGCGGACGUUCAACCUCAAGUUCAUCCGGCCCUUCAUGCAGUACAACAGCACACGGGCAGGCGGCGUGGAGGUGGACGAGGACACCAUCCGGCGCAUCGAGGAGCUCAAUGACCUGGACAUGCAGCUCUACGACUACGCCAAGGACCUCUUCCAGCAGCGCUACCAGUACAAGCGGCAGCUGGAGCGCAGGGAGCAGCGCCUCCGGAGCCGCGAGGAGCGCCUGCUGCACCGCGCCAAGGAGGCGCUGCCGGGCGAGGACGCCGAGGAGCCGGGACGUGUGCCCACUGAGGAUUACAUGAGCCACAUCAUCGAGAAGUGGUAGUGGCGGCGGCUGCGGGGAGGCCUCAUGGGGCAGAGUGAAACGGGUCAUGGCCCUACAUGCAGAGGGGCCCACCUGAAACUGCUGGGAGACCCCACACCCACUCACCAGAGGCAGAUGUGUCCUGGGAAUGGGGUUGGGGGCAGAGGGUAGCAUGCUGGAAAGAUGCCCCAGCUGUGGUGGCAUGGGGGGUGGUGUGUGGAGCAGCAGGCGUUCCUGCUGCCCCUCUCCCUCACGGGCACAUCAGCUAAUGGUUUGGAAAAGGAACAAAGACACUGGAGAGAGGAUGAGUGGGGCCAGGCGCCGGCCCCACACCAGCUAUGCACAUACCUGCGCUCACCCCUGCUGUGUGGCUCAGCAGGGGCAGCAGGCCAGCUCCCAGAGCCAACCGAGCACCCCACGGCCCCUGGGGCCCCUGUUGUCCCAGUCCUGGGUAGCCACCUCCCCAGGAACACGGUAGUUCUGGGGGCCUCAGAACAGGAGCUCUGAGCUCAGCCACCGGUGGCUGACCAGGCCAGGGUCACCACUUGAGGCAGUCUACCCUAAUCCCGUCCCCAGAACACUGACGCUCCUCACCAGCCUGUGGGUCAACCCACGGUGAGGCUUGGCCUUGGGGUGCCCACCAGAGGCUCUGGCAGUUAGGGGGUGGGCAGCAGGGCUUCCUCAUGCCCUGUUUUUCCUGACCUUUCACCCCACCUCCCAUCACCAGAACCUUUACUCAAGGGCUCAGAGACCUCCAUUCCCGUGACCCCAGGCCAAAAAUUACAAUCAGGCUCUGUCACGGAUUGGGAACAGAGCUGCUGCCUGUGAGCUCUACCCUGGCUGUGGUGGUUCUUGGUGGCCAGGAAGGGACCUCAGACCCUCAGGUUCCUGCCUGGGUACGGCCUCCUUAACCCAUGUGAGCCACCCUCGCAGCCCAGCCUCCCCCACACUUCCCUGACCCCCGCACAGGCUGGCCAGCGGCCUGCUAGAAGCCAUUUGCGUAUCUGUUGGAAGCACUUGCCCUGUGCCCCAUCUCCGGGCUCCAGGAUGCCUAGUAGCCCACCACAGAGGGAUGAGCACCCUGGCCCUGGGAGGGUACAGGCCACAUGUUGGCCAUGUGGCAGGACAGGGUCCUCCUGCUGUCACCUCACUGGGCCCCCACCAUGGAGUGAAGGGUCAGUCACCAUGGCAGGAGGCAGGCAACUCCCAUAGCUCUAGAAGGAGCAGCUUCAUCUUCGCUUGUCCUCUACACUGGGGUCCCAAGGCACUAUGGGUGUGGCAUGGGGACAGCACAGCCCAGUGCUGCCCCUUGGCCAGCAGUCAUACCAGCGAUGUGGGCACACUAGCAAGCAAGUGCGGUGGUUCUGGUAAGGGGCAGACAUGCCAUGCCAGGAGGCUGGGCUCUGGUACUCUGCACUUGGGUGUGCCCCUGAGAGGAGGGGAGCAUUGGGGCGCCCUCGGGUCUGUUCUCAGGCGGGUGGGGUGCUGUGGCCUCUUGUCCAGGAGUGGAGCUUCCAGGGCCAGCAUGAGUGCGGGCCCUCUUGUACAUAUCGAGUACCUGUUAGCUAUGCCCUGCUGUCCCCACGCACAUGGAAGCACGGGUCUCUGCUCGGCCUCUUGGCUACAUUUGGAAAACAGUCCCACCCCUGGCCAGCACCAUCCUCAGCCCUCAGCUGUCCGGCCAGCACUGCCCACUCUGGCCACGUGCUUUGGGGCGAAGCUUCCUUGUGCCCACAGCGUCUCCCAGGACAUCACAGGACAGGGCGACCCCUUCCCUACUCUGCAACUCUGCUCCCACCCCAUGGCCCUCCCCAGGGCCCGGUGGUCACAGCAGUCACCUGGCGCUCUGUGGACCUGCAGCUGCCCUUUCCAGGACAGGUUCCCUAGGAGGGAGCCAGGGACAGCAGAAAUGUCCAAGCAACAAGUCUGUGAACGUUUUGGGAACUGGAACUGUUUCACUUGAACCCAGGAGCGUUUAAAGCUUUAUUUAUUUAUAGCUUCUUAUUAAAAAAAGAAAAAAAAAGGUGUUGAGAAGAAAUCUUUUGGUUAUUCUUACAAAAACAUGAGUUGCUGAUGGAGAAGCAGGUCAUAAUCACCUAAUUGUUUCUGUCUAGGUUGAGAAUGAAUGUUAGCAAAUGAAAUAAACCCGAAAAGGACC